UUUUUUUUUUGGAUUGUUACAUUAAACUCAUUGCAUUUCGCAUCGUCUCGUUUCAUUCUUACUCGAUUCAAUCAUGUCUACAACACCUGCUAUUGUGCCCUGCAAGUACAAAACAGGUCGUACGCUAGGCGAGGGUACAUACGCUGUUGUCAAGGAGGGUGUUCAUAUCGAAACAGGAAAGAAAUAUGCGGUCAAGGUCAUCAGCAAGAAGCUCAUGGAAGGAAAAGAACAUAUGAUCCGCAAUGAAAUUGCGGUCCUUCGACGGAUUUCGAUUGGACAUCCCAACAUCUUGACGCUUGUAGAUUACUUUGAGACAUUAAACAACCUCUAUCUUGUAACGGAAUUGGCGGAAGGAGGAGAAUUGUUCGACAGGAUAUCCCAAAAGGGUAGCUAUUAUGAACGAGAUGCGGCCCAUCUUGUUGCAACUAUCUGCAGUGGUGUUGCCUAUCUUCACGAACAGGGUGUUGUUCAUCGUGAUUUAAAGCCUGAAAACUUAUUGUUUAAAACUGCCGAUGAAGACAGCCGGCUUUUGAUUGCGGAUUUUGGAUUGUCAAGGAUUAUUGACCAUGAAUCAUUUCACGUGUUGACAACCACUUGCGGUACUCCUGGAUAUAUGGCACCAGAGAUUUUUAAAAAGUCUGGACAUGGCAAACCCGUUGAUAUGUGGGCAUUAGGUGUCAUCACCUACUUUUUGCUCUGUGGCUACACACCUUUUGAUCGUCAAAACAGUAUGGAUGAAAUGCAUGCAAUCUUGCAUGCUGAAUACCAUUUCGAGCCCAUCGAGUAUUGGGAAGGCGUAUCUGAGACAGCCAAGUCAUUUGUCAGUAGGUUAUUGACGGUGGAUCCAGAUUUGCGUAUGACAGCUGCCGAGGCACUUCAACAUCCAUGGUUGACUCAACUUCAACCAGAACGUUCUCAACUAGAACAACAACAUCAACAACAAUACCAGUCAACCUCGGUAUCGGGCUUAGCACAAGCUCAGGAAGGAUCUUUAGACAUGGAGGGGGUUGUCGUUCAACGCGAUCUGUUGCCUAAUAUGAAGGCCCGUAUGAAUGCCCACGCCAAAAAUAAGUUCCGUAAUGCUGUCCAAGUAGUGAAGGCUAUCAACAAGAUGCGAAGUGUACAUGAAGAGUUGGCGCGAGUUCACCCAGAAGAUCCUUCGCAUGUAUUGCGUCGUGACGAUGAUAUGGACAUGGUGUAAAAAAAAGAAAAGAAAAAAAUACUCCAAAAACAAAUAAAC